AUGUGUCCAUCCCGUUGCACCAUUUUCAUCGUCUCCAUUCCAACUACGAAAAAGAAACCCCAAGACGCUCGACCAGAAAAACUGACGCCAUCACAGAGGCUGGAGCUGGACAAGAAAAGGCGAAUAUAUGGAGGGAGACGCAGGAAGAGAUUUGGGAUGCCAGAAGACUAUGGAUGGGAAGUUGUUUCUGGAUGGUUUUCUGAACAUCAAUCUUCUUCUGAUAAUAAGGCUAAAAGAAUGUACUUCCACAACCCCAUGUGGCCAGGGGAAGCACAUUCAUUGGCUGUAGAAAAGAUUUUGUUCAAGGAAAGGUCAGAAUAUCAAGAGGUCCUGGUUUUUGAGUCUGCAACAUAUGGAAAAGUGCUUGUUCUUGAUGGGAUUCUUCAGCUGUCUGAGAAAGAUGAAUGUGCAUAUCAGGAGAUGAUAGCUCAUCUUCCCCUUUGUUCCAUCAAAUCACCCAAAAAUGUUCUGGUUGUGGGUGGUGGUGAUGGAGGGGUACUUAGGGAAAUUUCUCGCCACAGCUCCAUAGAGUUGAUUGAUAUAUGUGAAAUAGAUAAGAUGGUUAUAGAUGUUAGCAAGAAGUUUUUCCCUGAGUUAGCUGUUGGAUUUGAGGAUCCUCGUGUUCAUCUUCAUGUUGGUGAUGCUGUUGAGUUUAUAAGGAACAUACCAGAAGGAAAGUAUGAUGCUAUUAUCGUUGAUUCUUCUGAUCCUGUGGGUCCCGCUCAAGAGCUUGUGGAAAGGCCUUUCUUUGAGAUGUUAGCAAAAGCUUUAAGGCCUGGUGGUGUUCUUUGUAACAUGGCUGAAAGCAUGUGGCUCCACACUCAUCUCAUUGAUGAUAUGAUUUCUGUUUGCCAAAAAAUAUUUAAAGGCUCUGUUCAUUAUGCAUGGGCCAGUGUCCCCACAUAUCCAAGUGGUGUUAUUGGAUUCAUUUUGUGCUCAACGGAGGGCCCGCCUGUUGAUUUUAGGAACCCUGUAAACCCUAUUGAGAAGCUACAGGGAGCACUCGAGCAUCAAAGAGAACUCAAAUUCUACAACUCACAGAUGCAUAGAGCUGCAUUUGCCUUGCCAUCAUUUGUUAGGAAAGAGGUGAAAUCUCUUUGAUUGUUUUCUUAUUAUGUCUUGUCUUGUGUUAGUGAUACUCUUUUGGGUGUAGACUUAUGACAUAUUGGAAUUAAAAUAAUUGGUGGGAUUUGGAAAAGAUUUCGUUGUCUAUUGUAUGUGAAUCCAAUUUACAAUGAGAUUUUUCUUGAAUCAUUUGGUUAUGGUU